AUGGCGGUAGCGGGGGGAGCCCUGGUGGUGGCCCGGCGAAGACAGGCAGGAGGCAAGAGAAGCAGGUCAAGCAGAGGAGGUCCGCCGCGCAUACCAUUGAGGGAGCUUGUCCGCUUCAGGGAGCAGCAGUGGUUUUUGGAGGAGUUGGAGAAUGCCCGUGAUGGGGAUCCUAACUCCAUGCUUCGUUUAGCGAAGAUGUACUUGUAUGGUCAAGGGUGCGAACGGAGCAUCAACAUCGCUCAGGAAUGGUUGCGACGAGCUAGGGCUGGAGGGGUGUAUUGCACGCUGGACGAAUUAUUCACUGCCGAAGACCUGGACGCGAUUAGGCGCCAGAGCCGCAGUGGGACUGCGGAACGGCAGCAACAUCAGCAGUUGGAGCGUAGGCAGCACCACGGUCAAUAUUCAAGCCACGGAAUUUCGAACAAUACAUCGGAACGGCGUUAG